AUGCGUUACUAUUAUUGUUUCUAUUUAUUUUUUAUUCCAAUUAUUUAUGUUUGUAAUUGUGAAGAAAUUUGUAAUAUAACAUUUAGUGUUAUGGAAAAUACAGCAAUAGACAAAUUACAAUGGAAUUUAAAUGAUUUAAUUCAUAAUCGAACAUUAUCAUUUGAAUAUUUACAAUUUUCAUUAUCAAAUCCAUCUGAUUAUUUCGAAAUUGAAUCAACAAAAAUUUUAAAAUUUCGUUUAACAGUAUUAGAUCGUGAGAAAAUUUGUAAGAAAAAUUUAUUCAAUGAUGAAUGUUCAUUACAAUUACAAAUAUUUACUCAAACAUCGUUUAUAAUUAUAUUUAAAAUGAUCAUCUUAGAUGAAAAUGAUUGGAAACCUUUAUUUAAUCAAGACUAUAUUCAUUUAAAUAUACGAGAAAAUCUUCCAAUUAAUUAUCGUGUACAACUACCUAUCGCUCAUGAUUAUGAUUCAAUACAAUAUAAUAUUGACCAUUAUGAAUUUACAAAUAAUACAGAAGAAAUGGAAAAAAUAUUUCUAUUAGAAAAAUCUCAUGAUGAAUUACGAUUACAAUUAUUAAAAAAUUUAAACUGUGAAUUACAAAAUAAUUAUCAGUUGUACAUUAUUGCAAUUGAUAAAGGUGGCUUGAAAUCUAAUGUUUUACAUGCUAAUAUCACCGUAAGAGAUUUGAAUGAAUAUCAACCACGUUUUAAUCAACGGUUUUAUCAUAAAGGUAUACCAGAAAAUUUUCCAAUAACAAAUUCUUUUUCAUCACCAAUACUUCAAAUAAAUGCAACGGAUGAUGAUUGCUAUGAUAAAACAAUUCUUUAUUCAAUUCUAAAUACUGAUAUUCCCAAUGAUAUAUUUCCAUUUGAAAUAGAUAAAUAUACUGGCUUAAUCCGAGUUAAGCAUCCACUUGAUUAUGAAACAAUUUCAACAUAUCGUUUUCGUGUCAAAGCAUCAAAUCUUGAUGAAAUAACAUCAAGUAUGGUACCGAUUAUCAUAGAUGUAUUAGAUAUAAAUGAUAAUCAACCAUCAAUACAAAUGAAUAUUCUUAAUGAAUAUAAACUAUAUGAAAAUAAUGAUAAUUUUAUGAUUAAUAUUGAUGAAAAUAUUCGUUUAGGACAAGUUAUUGGUACUAUUUUUAUACGUGAUGUGGAUUCAACAGUGAUUAAUCAUCAUUUAUCAUUAAAGAUUCUUUCAUGUUUACCGUUAACAAAAUCUUGCCCAAUAGAGUUAGAUUCCGGAAUGGAAAAUAAUACGCUUAGUUCAACAACAUAUAUAAUACGAACAUCAAGACUAUUGGAUAUUGAACUAGGUGAUGAAAAAUUUAUAAUUAUUUUUGAAGCAAGAGAUUAUGGUGAUCCAUCAUUGAGUAGCCAACGUCAUCUUAUAGUUAAUAUUAAUGAUGAAAAUGAUUGUGCACCAAAAUUUACUCAAUUAAAUUAUCAAUUUCGAUUAUCUAAUUCAUCCCCAAUAUGGUCUUUUAUUGGUCAAGUCAAAGCUGAUGAUGAUGAUUACUCAUCAAAUUUUCGUCUUAUUCAAUAUCAAUUUUUAGAGCAUGAUUAUCAGGAUAUUAUUAAAAUUGAUCUGAAUAAUGGAAGCCUAUUUUUAGCUAAACAACUAUCAACAGACAUGAAGUUUAAUAUAACUGUAAGAGCUACUGACGUACAUAAUCAUUCAUUAUAUGAUCAAGCCAAUAUUGAAAUCUUAUUGUUUGAUGAAACAACAUGUUUACCUAUGUUUCGUCAAACAAUCUAUGUAUUUAAUACAACUGAACAUCAAAUAAUUCCUUAUGAAAUUGGUCAAGUUAAUGUUGAUAAUUGUCUCUUAUCCUCAAUACCAAUUUCUUAUCAUCUUAUUCAAGAAGAUUCAUUAUCACCAUUUCCAUUUUUCGUUGAUAUUCAUACUGGCAUAAUAAAAGUUAUUCAUGAACUAGAUCGAGAAAUAAAAUCAUUUUAUAAAUUUCAUAUUAAUUCAUUUCAUUCAAAAACUCAACAAUUAACUCAAACAGAAAUACAAAUAAAUGUUCUUGAUGAAAAUGACCAUUAUCCUAUAUUCGAUACUUUACAUGAAGAAUAUAUUUACGUAUCAACACAUCAUCAUCGAACUAAUAAAAUAUUCGUUACACGUAUUCAUGCAACAGACGCUGAUGUAGGUUUAAAUAGUCUCAUUAAUUAUUAUUUUACAAAUAAAGAUCAUUAUACAUAUUUUCAUUUAUAUCCCAAUGGCUCUAUAAUCUUAUAUAAUCAAAAUAAUGUGCAUUUACCAAUUCGUCUUGAAAUCUAUGCACGUGAUCAAGGGUAUCCAAGACCGUUAAAUUCGAAAGAAAGCAUUGUUAUUUAUGUAUGUGAUAUACUUAAACGGCAUGAAUGCCCAAUCAAUGAAUCAUCAAAUAAAUUACGAGAAAAUUUUCAUCUUAGUUCAAUAUUUAUAAUGAUAUCUAUUGUUUUAAUUUUAUUUAUUAUAAUUAUAUGUAUUAUUUGGAAUUUCUUUAAUAAGAAACAAUUAAGACGAAAAGAAAAUAAUAAAUCAUAUAGUUAUCAAAUAGAAGCACGAAAAAAUUUAAUCAUUUCUGACAGUCUUUAUGAUUUAUCAUCAAUGAUUCGUGAAAAUCGUCGUUUGAAAUGUGUUGUUGUAUGA